AUGGAGGCCUUCGCACGCGCGCUCCUCGGCGGCCUGGAGCGGGCUGGCGGUGUCUCCAGCGAGCUGAGAGAGGCCGCGGAGGAGCUGCUGCUCGGCGGCGAAGGCACGCUCCAUCCGCUCGAUCCACGCUGCCUGCCGUGGUCCGCGGGUGCGCCGUUCGCAGCGUGGCGCACCGCCGAAGAGGCGUCGAACACUGUCAUGCUCGUGCUCGUCGACCUGAGCGGCGAGGCUGGCGAGGCGAGCUUGCCGCUCCCGGCCGACCUUCUCGGGCGGUGGCCGCGGCGCGCGCUCCUCCGCCUCUCGCAGCACCGCCUGGUCGUCGCUCCCGGGCCGCCGGGAGAGUUGACGGAGCGGUUUGGAGGAGGGUCGGGCGCCAGCGGAGAGGCGGCGCCGCCGCCGGAGCCCGAGCUGUACAGCGCCGACGAGCUCCGGCGCGGCUCUCUCACUACACGUUAG